AUGCGACCACGUCGUCCACCGCCAGAGACGUCGUCCAUGGCGCAACCACGCGAUGCCGAUGCGCGUCCGCGCCGACGACGAGUCACCAGGUUUAGCGACGAUGACACCGACGUCGAUGCCCCCGCCCCGCAGUCGCCUCUGACGCCCCUCAGCGAAUGGCCGCCAGCUGGCAUGAACCCCCGGCAGGAGCUGUCCCGCGAGCAGGCGAUUGCGCUGAUCGCGCGAGGUGCACCGUCCCAUAAGGGCUACCGGCGCGCCGUGCCGUAUGUCUCUCAGCAGUUCUUUGCCCUGUAUGCGGCAUCAUCGGGGAAUCGAGGUGACGAGGCCACGGAUCGUGUCAACUUGCACGAUGCCAUGGUGCAGCUCAUGACCUUUCGCAUGGCUGGGCCAGGGGAGAUAUCCUCACCCUGGAGCACGCUGGAGCAGCCGAGCUGCGCGUACCUGCACGGCGCACGACCGGGGACCAUUACCUUGAAUCACUGGGCGUCGAUGGUGAGCGAGUUCCCGGAGCGCAUCACGCUGCGCGACCCCGGUAUUAUCCCGAAGGCCCUCACACUGGAACAAGUCUUUGAACGACUGCGGGAGCUGCAGGUUGAGCCCGAGGACCUUAACGAGAGAACGCUGUAUCGGACACUAUACAGUAGGAUCUUGCGCGAUCCGGACCGUAUAUUAAAUCCGCGAAAGAGUUUAGAAAAGCAAAUCACUGAUCUCAUCAUGGCGCUCUCGCGGCCGCACUGGAUUGACUUUACAGACCCCAAGAAUCAAGUGGUGACGCGUUUCAUCUUUGACCCUUUUCCGGAAGACCACGACAGGUAUCUCGCCUUCUUUCAUCAGUUACUGCUCAGCAUGGAGCUGAAUGCGCGAAUACACAACAAGCAACACAGCGACUAUGCCAAAGACAAGCUCUUGCAAAAAAUGCCUCCCACGAUACGAUGGAACCUAGCACUCGCGAGACGCUGGAGCGAUUAUAUACGAGUCCACAGCUACGGGCCAACUGUGGAUGAUAUUAAACUUCGGUUCAGGCUCAAAAGGCGACAGGUGAAGAUGCUAAAAAGGUUCGCAACCAGGUUGAAAUGGCCGAACCUUGACGAAACCCUCAAAGCACUCAGAGAGUCCAGAGACGAGCCAGACUCUAAUGCAGUGAGCUCCGAUGCUUACGCAUUUUUCAGCGGCCUCGUCCUCCCAGGACCAACGUUCCCUUUCAUCAUCAUGAAUACCCUCAUCGACACUGACCCUGACGAGGCUACUGAUGAACUGGCCCUGCUCUCGCACCUGCAUCCCAGCUGCGGCUUUCAGUACCGUAAUAGCUACACGUACUGGACGACGACCAGCAUUGUGGGGAAAGUGCUGGCGCCAACGUGCGGUGCGCUCGCAGGCUGGGUCGGGCCGGCAUGUCCGACGGCAGAUCUCGGACGGUCCCAGAUUGCGCGCAUCCGCGCCCGCAAGCCGAAACAAGUCCUGCAGCGUGAAGAUGUCGAGAGCAUGGGGGAGAGGUCCGACCCGCUGGGUCCGCCGUCGGCAGUUUUUCGCAUCGAUGAAUAUGUGCUAGUGACGCCGGAAGCGAGUCUUGGCGCACCGCUGAAUACAGUCCGUCUAGAGCUCUUGACGCUGCGCGAGGUGCCGGCACCGGAUCACAUCAAAACACCUUCUGGGCCGAAGCUAUUCGAUGCAAGGGUACAGGUCGCUGUGGAUGGUGUCUCCUGGCCGUUGCGGCUGGCGUACGAUGUGUCAUUUGUUAACGCCUGGCCGUGCUCAGAUGGCCCGCAUCCACUUUUCUUUGAUUACAUCUACAGACGCAUCGCCGUAGAAGAUAUCUUGGGAGUCAAAGAUUGGGGCGGGCUCUAUAAGAAAACCAGUAACACGAGAAGCGCAAGAUCUACGCCGAUGCCACUUGUACAUGGCACGAAUGGAAAUGUUGCAACCGAUGAUAUUCAGCAGCAGGACGAUGAUGAAGUUCUAGUUGUCGAAGCUUUCGGGGUGCCAGACCACGAAGUGCUAGCCAGAGCAUGGUGUGCACACUGGGGCCUGAGCGCGAUGGUGGCCGAUAUAGGCAAGACUUGCAUGUCAUGCGCGAUUCGGGAGUGUUACGCAGCUGCGCUGGCGGUGUUGAUAUUGGUGGACGACGCGAAUAACCGCAGCGGGGACGACCAAUGA